AUUCGAUUUUAAUUUAGCAUUUUUUUUAUAAUAAUAUUAUAAAUAAAAACGAUGGAAAUCGUAAUUCUAAAAAAUAGAAAUAUUAUGUCUAUAUCUGAAUCUCUUAUGCAAGAGAUUGGUUGUUUCGUUAGAUAUUUGUACUUGGCCAAUAACUUCAUCCGGACAUUACCCGAUGAAUUAUUUACUGGUUGUACACAUCUUAUGUGGUUAGAUUUAAGAUGCAACCGAAUUCGACGAUUACCUGACGGUAUUCAGGGUCACAAGAAUUUACAGGUAUUGCUUCUAGGCAAAAACGAUUUAAAGCGAUUGCCUUUAACGCUGGGAUCAUUACCGAAACUUCGAGAAUUACAUGUUGCUGGAAAUCCACUUGAUUGUCUUACUAGAGAUAUGGUGAAAAAAGGUUCUAAAUAUUUAAUAAGUUUUUUACAAGAAAAAUGGAAAAGUGAUCAAAAUAUUAUGGAAACGACUCAACUAAAUAAUGAUGAAUUAAACGUAGUAAAAAAAAUAGAGGACAAAAUACUUAAAAAAAACAAAAAAAAUAAAAAAAAUAUGGCUACGUCAAAAAUGCAGUUGAUGGAAAGAUAUAGUUGGCCAAUGAUAUUUCUUACUAAUUGGAGCAGCGAUCGUUUAGUUACUGAUCGUGAUAUUAGGAUGAAAGAAUUAGAGAGACUUUAUUUAGAAAAACAGAAAGUAAUUUUAGAAAAACAAGAACGAAUUUUACAAUCUUACAAAGAUGGAGAAACGCUGAAAAUAUGGAGAGAUAAAGCAAAACAAUUGCAAUAUUUUGAAAAUUCACACAAAUUAAAAAACUAUCGAGGUCUCGAGGUACCAUUUGGAGUAAAUAAAGAAUUUUCUAAAAUUAUAACCAGGCAAACGUACAGAAAAGAAAGUAUGGAAAAUAUUAAUUAUAAGAAUGCUGCAAAACGUACAGUAGUUAAACCGUUCGACUUUGACUUGGAAAUGUCAGAUAUUUACAAAAUGCUUAUGAGUUUAACAUCAAACAAUGUAGAAAAUACAAACAGUGAUAAAAAAAAUGAUCUAAAAAUAUCAAAUAUUGAUUGGGAAAUUCAAAAGUUGCAUGAUAUACAAAAAAGAAUUUCACAGUUGAAAAUGCGCAUGAUCUAAUAAAAGAAGACCAGAACAAUAACUUCAAUACCAAUUAAAAUAAAAUACUUUUUUAUUUAUUUUAUUACAUUUGCCUUGUACUAGUUAUAUAUUUAUAGACUUUUGAUUGGAUGUAGAUAUAAAUAGAUAAAAAUGAUACGUAACCCCAAACUAGGGAAGUAUAAGCUCAUAGAGAUUGGACAUUGGUUAUUGCCUUUUAGGUUUAUUCACCCUCUAUUCAGCGUUUUAAUAUCACUCCAAGAUCACUUGAAUAAAAUCAAUUUACAGCACAUACACUCUUUUUUUAAAACAAUAAUUCGAGCAUAAGUUAUUUUAUUUUAUUGUCAAAAUGUAUUCUUGCUAUUCCAUCGAAAAGUAUACAUGUACACUAGACAUUUUUAUUAAUAUGUAACUCUUAUAUUCUAUUUAAUAGAUAAACAACACAAUCGUAUACAUAUU